CUUCUGCUUCUCUGACCCGAGCACCCGGGGCUGAUUUCUAGGUCACUAAGCCCGGGAACUGGAUGAAUGUCUAUGAAGGGUCAACCACCGUGAUCCUUGGGGUAACCUCCACCGUGCCCUCCUUGCCACUCCCCAACAUCCUCCUGAUGGCCAAUGUCACCUGGCCCCAGGGUCAGCUUUCCACCUGGAGCACACCUGACCGCGCUCCGGUCAUCACCCUCAGCAGGAUCCUCCCCCUGAAGUUUGUGGAGCUCCAAAUCUGUGACCGGCUCCAGCGCAUCCUGCGCCUUCGGACAGUGACGGAAAAGAUCUACUACCUGAAGCUCCACGAGAAACACCCAGAGGCUGUGUUUCAGUUUUGGGUCCGCUUGGUGACAAUUCUGCAGCAAGGUCUGUCCAUCACCACCAAAGACCCGAGGAUCCAGUUCACGCACUGCCUGGUGCCCAAGCUGUGCAGCAGCUCCACGGAAGCAACACCUGUGAGCAGCCUCCCGCCAUCCUCCCAGCCCAGCGAGAACUCCAUGCUGUUGGCAGCCGAGUGGACCAGCGGCAGUUUCUCACAUUUCCCAGGCAGGUCUCCGCUCCUGGCAGACAGAGAGAGAAGAAGUGGGAGAGAGAGAGAGAAACAUCACUAUGAAAGAGGAACAUCAACUGGCCACCUCUGGAACACACCCCGAUGGGGGAUCAAACCCGCAGCCUCGUGACCUCCAAAUUCCUGGGUUCCAACAGAAACACAGACGCUGAGACUGAUAUCAGUGAUUCCAACAGCUACCACACACCCUUGCCUGUAGCGUCUCUAGUCAGCUUGAAUAUGCCCACGGGAGCCGCCUUGAGCCACAGCCUCGGGAAGCAAGAAAAGCCAGAUGACUACUUCCCACCCGUUCCUGUAGCCAGUCCCCUCGGAGAGAACUUACGGGGAUGCUGACACCUCGCCACACGCGGCGCUCUUCCUGGCUUUUGUCGGUGCACUGGCUACACCUCCCAUAAUGCCGUUUUCCCACUGUGGGCCGAAUGACCACGGGAGAACUAAGAUGGUGUUUAAAACAAUGUGCUUCUGUUCCUCCACCAAUAAACCUCCAAGUGAGUCCCUCAUUGUUAUAGGGUGUGCUAUGGGGAUGAGGAGGACAGGCACAGCUCCAGGGAGGGAAAGGAUUGAUAAGGAACAGGAGCUCACUCCUUGGGGAAAUAAGUGGGAAAAACUUCCUUCUGCUCGAUUAAAAUCCCCAAGCAGCCAAGCAAAGCCAAGAAAGUCAGUCCAGAGGGGACAGGGCCUGGGGAGAAAUUCAGCUUCCCCUCUCACAGGGAGAGGGGACAACAGGCAGGGCGCUCCAAGUCCAGUGUGAAAACAGUCCUACCAGUAAUGGCGCCAACUGGGAAACACCUUUGGGUUGCCUCACUGCAAGCAAGGAAUUGAGUUUUUACCACCCCACAGUAAAGUUAUGAAGGUUUGUCCCGGGCCAUGCAGAGUUUGGUUGCUAAUGAAGACAUGGCUUCUGGAAAGGAAGAUGGUGACCACCCACCACUGAGAGUCUUCAUUCAUACGACUCUUCUCACCCAGGACCUAAUGAAAGCAAACUGGAAGACGCCAUGUCUGUGCAUAUCAGGGAUAGGGCAGGGGUUUAGGCCAACCUCUGGACGAGUGGGGAAUAUUUACCUGGAAAAUGCUACCUUAACAUUGAGUAAGCAUCUGCCGAGUUACUGCUAGGUGCCAGACACUGUGCUCAAUGCUGGGGUGUUAGAGAGAAUGAGACAGAGGGACAAGUUUCCUGCCUUCGGGGAGGGGAUGGGAGAGAUAACAAGCUCUAUUUUGCAGACACAGAAAGCCAUUAAGGUUGACAUGAUGUUUGAGCCACUCGGUCUGCAAGUCAAGGCUGGUGGACUUGCUUUCCUGUGGUUCACGCUACAGGAAAAAGCGAUGGAGGGAGAAAGAACACAGCUGCCCUCCCCUUGGGCAUCGCCAGUUGGGCUGAGUGGUAACUCCUGGCGAGACUGGGCCAGAAAAAAACAGCUGAGCUGAGAGGAUGCCUGGUAUUUGCGGGUUUCUUCCUGCCUCUAAUAAAAAUUAAAACAAAACCAGUUUCCUUCUGGCAUGUUACAAUCAAGUAAGCUGAGCAUAGUUGGAGCUGGUAAGAGACAUUUAGAAACUGAAGUUAGAAGAGGUGAAUGGUUUCCAGGUGGGUUUGGCCAGUGAGAAGUACAGAUGGGAGGUCAGAGGGAGAGGGGAAAACAGGAUCCAGACAAUUAUUCCCUCUCUUGUAGUUGCAAAAGGCUGGCUGUGUCCCUUAACACAAGGAAACUGCUCCUCUCAAGGUGGCUUCUUCUAGUCAACUCUCUUUUUCCUGGUUCCA